AUGCCAACAACGGGUACUAGGGAAGCUUGUGUAUUAAAAGAAAGCAUACCGACUCAAAUAUCCGUGUCAGCAUUCGGCGCCUUCGGUUGUCAACAAUCUGCAACACCAAGCGUUCAGCGUUCAGCGUGCUUUUCACCUCAGUCACAUCACUCAAUCUCAAAUCUCGGCAGCCAUAGACUCAUAGAAACAUUUGCAUCUUUUCCAUUUGCGAGAAAGCAGCAAGAUCAGCCGGAUUUCCAAAACCCAAGCCCCGUCACAGUCGGCGAAGGUCCGUCACGUGCAACCACACAUAGGGAUUCGGACCCAUGGCCUCUGCCGGAUGAAGCAUUCAUUUUGAAAAUCAGAAAAGAACGCCAUCCUUCAAAGUCGGUGUCUCAUGCGACGCCCGGCGAUCAACACGAGGAUCCGGUCAGUAAGGAUGCUUCAAAUACUCCCAUAGAAAUGGUUGAACAUGCAGCCAGGCGCGGGAGUUCAAAUAGCCGUGAGGAUGAUCGCCUCCUAGACAAUGUAUCAAAGCACCAAGACCAUCGUGAACUGGCCUCAGCUUUGGGAGAUAAGGCCAAAGUUAAUCACAUCAGUUCUCUUUCAAAUUUGGGAAGUAAGGUCAAACUUGUUCAUAUCGCUCCUGGUUCAACUUCGAGAAAUGAGGUCAAAGUUGAUCACAUAACUCCUUUUACUACCGCGUCCGAUGUUGUCAAAGUGACGACGCUAAAUACAAUAUUUGCCUUCGUAUUUGUGGGUUACUUUGGGGUUUUCAUUGCUUGGAAGUGGGCGUUACCAUUAUUGUUAUGUUUAUUGAUCUCAAUGUUAAACUUUUGA